AGCACCACCACCACCAGCAGCAGCAGCAGCAGCAGCCGCCGCCGGGGAGAACGGGAGCUGUCGUGUUUAUUCCACGCAAGAUAAACUUUUAUCCACCAUGUCAGGCUUCGACAACAACCCCUUCGUGGACCCGGUGGACAUGAACCCCUUCCAGGAUGAGUCGAUCACACAAGCCACCAGCAGCACCCUUGGAAGUGCUGGCGAGUACAACCCCUUCUCUGAAACUGAAAUGGAAUCCCACACUAGCACGACCAUCCCCAUCUCUGCUGCCUCCUCCCAACCCGCCGUUCUGCAGACCUCUGUGGAGCAGAGCGCACAAGCGAACGCAGCUACCGGCCAGGCGGCCCUGAUAAAGCAGCAGGAGGAGCUGGAGAGGAAAGCGGCCGAUCUGGAGCGGAAGGAUCAGGAGCUUCAGAACAGCAGUGCAGGCCGAGCGCUCCACACCGGUGCUAAAGACAACAACUGGCCUCCUCUUCCCUCGUGCUCCCCUGUGAAGCCCUGCUUCUAUCAGACUUUGAGGAAAAUCCCCGAGGAGUACCGCAGGACCUGCAAGAGGAUGUACUACCUCUGGAUGUUCCACAGUGCCACCCUCUUCCUCAACGUGCUGGCCUGCCUGGCUUCCUUCACCGCAGGCUCCGAGUACGGCGUGGACCUCGGUCUGUCCAUCGUCUGGUUCAUGCUCUUCUCCCCCGUGGCCUUCAUCUGCUGGUACAGGCCCGUCUACAAGGCCUUCAGGUCCGACAACUCCUUCAGCUUCUUUUUCUUCUUCUUUGUCUUUUUCUUCCAAGUGGCGGUGUACGUCAUCCAGGCGGUCGGGAUCCCCAAGUGGGGGAACAGUGGAUGGAUCUCAUCCAUCAGCAUGAUCAGCACAAACUUGGCUGUGGCUGUGGUUAUGAUGGUGGUGGCCGGAUUCUUCACCGUGAACGCAAUCCUGGCUGUGAUUCUCCUGAAAGUGGUCCACUCUAAGUACAGGAGGACCGGUGCCAGCUUCACCAAGGCCCAGCAGGAGUUCUCCAGCGGGGUCCUGACCAACCGAACAGUCCAGACGGCUGCAUCCAAUGCAGCCACCUCCGCUGCCCAGGGAGCCUUUGACAGGAGCCAGGGGAAUUAAGACUGUUUGUCACGCCUCAGGCUAGUCUCUUCUCUGACCAACAUAGCCAUGUUUCAACAUACUUCAUUGUGGUUAUGGUUUAAUCCUAUUUAUGAAAAAAAAAAAAAGCAAAACAAAUAAUAAUAAUAACGCAACUUUUGAGAGAAAUUGUUCUUGCUACAAGAACAGAGGUGACGUGUGCGCUUGUUCCUCUUGCCGUUUAAACAUACAGAAGACAAGCGAGAGGUCUUACGCAAGAGCGUGUAAUGACUUGCAUACGUCUCCGUUGCCACUGAGCUCUUUACCGCCCUCAUCAGUAUGCAGCGCAACUCCUGCUAUCAAAAAAAUGUAUUCUGGGGGAAAAGCAGGAAGGAGACAGAAAACUGCAGUUGAACCAAACGAGGCAGAGAAGGAGGCAGCGUGGGUAUGCCGAAAAUGAAUUGGCAACCCCUCAUCACAAUAUGACUAACUGCAUUCAACGUGGUCGACUAAAGAUGUACGGCGCGCCACUGAACCGGGGCUGGAGUUUAGUGAUAAAGUACAUUUUAUUUAAAUCCCUUCACCGUUAAAUAGGUUUCAAUCUAACCUCAUGAAUAAACACUGGGAGGAGUCGGGGAUUAUCUAAAAAGCACACUUGACACGAGAAUGUUUCCCCGUCAUUGAAUGAUGUACCCACUUAAUGUACGAAUGCAUAUUUGUGUCGUUACAGCAGCACGUAGAGCGUUACAGGUUAAAUCAUUCUGCCUUCAUCAACAGGUUUAUUACAUACGGUCCACUUCAUAUUCCACCCUUUGCCAUCUGUGAAAUGAGACGCAUCUAUCUUCCAUUGCUAAUGAACGCAGUUGCUGUUUGAAUUUUUUUUUUUCCGCUCUAAAUCUCACGUGUUUUUCAUGUGUACAGGACGAUGAUGAACAAUGAAGGGGACGGGAUGAAGGUUUUUCUUUCUACUGUUUUAAUCAGUUUGUUUUUUUUGUUUGUUUUUUAGAUGAAGUGUGACAAAAAGGAAAUGAAGAUACGGUUUAACUUGGAUGGCACUUUUUUUAAAUUCAUGUUGAGUUGUGAAGAAUACCAUAUAUGUUUUCUGUCAGUGUGGAGCUUUGCUGCAAUUUAAAAUGAAAGACGGGGUGCAGAUUUAUUAAUGUAAAGUGAGUGACAUGCCGUAUAGAAUGUAGGUGUAUUUGCAGUACUUAGAGACGUGUAUUAACGAGCAGAAAGAACACAUGUAUCCAAUACUUUCCUUAGUAAUUGUACUGCAGACAAAAUGUCUCCUGUGACUGAAUAGACACAGAUAGUUUGUAUUUUCUCGCUUCUUUCUACCUACUUGCUGUUGGGUAUUUACAUUUUUGCUUGUGAAUAUAUAUAUAUAUAUAGACGGUAUAUACUGUACAUAUAAGUUGUCCUGUUCUGAUCUUUCGUUACUGUAACACUGGAUUGCGUUGUUUGGGUGUAACCUCAGUGCCUUGAAGCAGAUGUAACCCACCAAUUCUUGUGUGGGGAUUUAAGCACAAGGCUCCGUGUGUUGAUCGACUUUGUUUGUCUUAGUAGAGAAAUUGCAUUAAGGUGUGUUGUACAUAUUGGUUUUAAAAAUAUAUAUAUUGGAGGGGGAUUUGCUGGAAAUUGUUUGUCAGUCUUAACAUUGAUUAAACUAUCAUUUUUAUGUUUCAGUCGGUGUGACGUGCAUUUUAAAAACUGAAUCUGUCAGUGUGAAUUUAUCUGAAAUACUU